UGCGCACUGGCGAAAUCCUGUUGCCAUGGAGACAGCUCCCUCCCAUACCCCCCUGCGGGUGUCCAGGAGAAGGAGACGCAGAGCUUAGACGUGGUCCCAAGAGGCUCUAGAGCCCCGUGGGCUCUGUGGGCAGACUGGGCUCGGCGUGCAAGCGCAAUGGUGAUGCUAAGGCGCCGGGAGCCGAAGGGGGACCAAUCCCGGGGGAGGAUCUACGUUAGACCCGCCCCCCACGCUGUCGCUGCGUACCACAAUCGACCAAUCAGGAGAGAGUAUCGAAAGCGUGUUGGUGACGUCACCAGGGAGCCACCUCCUCUGGCAAGCCCCUCUCGGCCCCUCCCCCUCGCAACCUCCCUCUGCACUAAGGGUGCUAGAAGAUCCCCGGGACCCAGCCCCGAGGUGCCACGAUCCCAACCCACUUGGUAUGCGGGGAAACUGAGGCCAAGAGAGUGUCACUCAGCAGGGCCCGGGUCCUGAGCUGGCUGACCCCCUUCGACUUAGAGAGGCCCCAAAGACUACUAUGGAGGCGAAUGAGUCGCCUCCAAAGCCCCACUUUUCGGAAGACGAAUCCCAGGAAGCAACGCUGGAAGAGCCCGCAAGGCCCAGGCUCGGGGGCCCCAAAUGUGGUCAGAAGGCAGACUGCACAGCUCGAACCCAGGACGAAUCUGUCUUCUGGGAGAGAGAAGGUAUCAGGCAGUUAGGAGUCCGUCAAGCAAAAGCCCCCGAGGACGAGAGAGGACCCCACGGGGACUUUGGGAGGCGCUUCGAUCUGAGCUCAGACCUGGCUCACACAGAGCCUCUCCGAGGGAGACCCCGUCCGUGUGAAACGCGUGCCGAAGGCGUUAGGCAGAUCUCUGGCCUGCUGGAACAGCCGCCAGCCCACGGCCGAGCCAAGCCCCACGCGUGCAGCGAGUGCGGGAAGGCCUUCCGUCUCCGCUCCAACCUUUUUCGACACCAGAGGAUGCAUGUGGGAAGCAGACCCUAUGAGUGUUCUGCGUGUGGGAAACUCUUCAGACACAGCUCGUCCCUCAUCCAGCACCAGAUAACGCACAGCGGAGAGAGGCCCUUCCGGUGCCAGCACUGCGGGAAGGCCUUCAGCCGGAACACCUACCUGACUCAGCACCGGAGGAUCCACACCGGAGAGAGGCCCCACCAGUGCCGCGUGUGUGGGAAAGCCUUCCGCCUCCGCUCCACCCUGACUCAGCACCGCAUCGUCCACACCGGAGAGAAGCCCCACGCGUGCAGCGCCUGCGGGAAGGCCUUCAGCCAGUUCUCCACCCUCACCCGACACCAGAGGACCCACUCGGGAGAGAAAGCCUAGCAAUGGCUCGGCGCCACACCGGCUUGGGCUGAGCAGAAGCCGCGGGCUCCGACUCGGCUUCUGGUCCUGGGUCUGCGGCCUCCUGCCUCCAUUCCCUCAACCACUAAGGGAGGAUUCAACAAGAUGAAUGCGAGGCGAGCCUUCCUUCAGCUGGAAAGCUAAGAAUCCAUGAUGGCCAGGAUCCCUUCCUGCUGCUUAACUCUGCCAUGCAGGGACGGCCAUUCAUCCCAUUCAUUCAUCCCCAUUUAGGGAAUGAGCAAGGGGCUUCCGUCGUGACAAAUCCUGUGACUUAGUGCCCAGAGAAUGGAGUUCCAAGCACAAAGACCUGUGUUCAAGUCCUGCUUCCAACAUGAAGUUCCACAAACAUUUAUUAAACCCCUGCUGUAUGCCAGGCACUGGGCUAGUUUUUGUAGACUCAAAGACCAAAGCAAAAAAAAAUCCCUGCCCUCGAGGAGCUUCCCUUCUGCGGCGGGGAAUGACCCAGGGAUCAGCAAAGGCAAAGAAACAUCAGUGUACUGUGUAACCUUGGACCCUGGAGUCUGUGCAGUCUGGGCAGCACAAGGCUGUUGCUGUCCUCAGCUCCCCGAAUCGCCCAGAAUUGGUGCCAGGAAUAAGUCAUUGAUAUCGUGCAGGAAGGUCCACACCUCUGGAAGGCUUGACAUCAGGAAGACUUUGUCCGAAGGAGGAGGGGUGAUCCGGGAAGGCUUCUUGGAGGAGGCACCCUGGAGUGGAGGCCCAGGGAUGGAGGAGGUUCCAGAGGCAGACGCAGGACAUGUCGGUUUGACACAUUGUCAUUAUGGGGAGAGCAAAAGCCGGCAUGAGAACUAAGCCUAGAAGGAGCUGCUGGAUGGCCAAGAUGUUGCCCAGCAAACGAGGGAGGCUCUUCUGGGUAGGUGGUAGAGAACGGGGAGGACGGCGGAGGAGACAGUCCAAACUGGUUGGAGCUGAGAGCCAAGUCAGGAGGGGCAGGGGACGGCCUGAAGAGGCUGUGGGGCAGCCCCUGGCACGUGGGGAGUGGAGUGGCAGCAAGAGGGAGCAGCCCGAAGUUCCCCGGUGUCCCCCUCCUCAUUCUCGCCCCCUCCCCCCGACCCAGCAGAGCUCAUGCACCCCUUUGAAGGCUUGGAGAGAGCCGCCUCGUCCCGCCCCCCUUCGGACGAGCGAACACCAGCUCACCAGGCCCUCCCUCGACGGUGUGGAGGCUUUCUAGCACAGGGCUGACGCGCACCGAGCUGGCGGUCCACUCAGACCCGAAGAUCCUCCACUCACUAGGGCGGAUCGCGGGGCCUCGGCAGAGACCUUUCCCUUUCUCCCUCCUGGAAUGCAGUGGAGAAGGCUUGGCUUCAGAUCUCUCCCGGACCUCGUGACCGCCGAUCCCUUCCAGCUCUCGCUGUUUGGCCGCUUGUCCCAGGCCUCUCGGAUCCUUGUACAUCCCGAUUCCUCAAACCAGGGAGAGCUGCCUUGGAGGGUCCUGCGAACCCUCAUGUGAAGGGCAGGAAACCACUCGUCCGGGAUACGGCGGAGACGCUGCUUGGCUCAGUCCUGGCCCGGAGGGGCCUGUGAAGGCGUGCUUGCCCCUGCUCGACUCCUGUUGCAAAUACUGGCGAGAGCCGAUGACGACCUAGAAGUAAAGCACUUCCCCUUUCCAGCAGUGAAUCCCCCUUCACUGGGGUUCCCAAAGUAGAGGCUGGGCACGAAGCAUCUCGUAUCACAUCACUUAUUUUCUCAGGGAGGAAGAAAUGGAGGGAGGGAGGAAAGGAGAGAAUUUGGAACUCCAAAUCCUCUAAAGAAGAUUGUUCAGAAAUUAUUUUUACAUGCAAGCGUGAAGAAAAUAAAAUCUUAUUUAAGAAUAACAACGGAGCGGCACCAGACCUUAAACGGCACCACGAAUGGUGACCAUCAAAGCAACAUGGUACUGGCUAAGAGGGAGAAGGGGAGAUCAAUGGAGUAGGCUUGGGGUAAGUGACCUCAGCAAGACAGGGUUUGAUGAACCCAAAGGUCCCAGCUUUGGGGACAAGAACCCACUAUGUGACAAAAACUGCCGGGAAAUUGGAGGACAGCAUGGGAGAGAUUGGGUUUGGAUCAACACCUCCCACCCUACAUCAAGAUCAACUCAGAAUGGGUGAAAUAUAAAGAGGGAAAUGAUAAGUAAAUGAGGUGGACAUAUUAUACCUGUCAGAUCUAUGGGAAAGGAAAGAUGUAGACCAAGCAAGAGAGAGAGAAUAUUACAAAAUGUAAAAUGAAUCAUUUUGAUUACAUUAAAAAGGUUUUGUACAAACAAAGCCAAUGCAACCAAAAUUAGAAGGGAAGCAACAAAUUGGGGGGGGGGGAUCUUUAUAACAAAAAUCUCUGACAAAGGUCUAAUUUCUCAAAUUUACAAAAAGCUAAGUCAAUUGUACAGAAAAUCAAGCCAUUCCCCAAUUGGUAAAUGGGCAUGAAUAGGCAGUUUUCAGAUGAAGAAAUCAAAACUAUCAAUAUACACCUGAAAAAAUAGGUUCUAAGUCUCUCAUAAUUAGAGAAAUGCGAAUCAAAACAACUGUGAAGUGCCACCUCACACCUAGCAGACUGGCCAGUAUGACAGUAUAGGAAAAUAAUGUUGGAGGGGUUGUGGCAAAAUUGUAACACAUUGGAAUGCAUUGCUGGUGGAACUAUGAAUUGAUCUAGUCAUUAAGGAAUGUAAUUUGGAACUAUGCCUAAAGGGCUUUAAAGAACUGUCUGCCCUUUUAUCCAGCCAUAACACUGCUGGGUUUGUACCCGAAAGAGAUAAUGGGGAAAAAUUCUGCACAAAAAUAUUUAUAGCCACAUUCUUUCUGGUGCCAAAAAAAAAUUGAAAAUGAGGGGAUGCCCUUCCAUUGGGGAAUGGCUGAACAAAUUGUGGUAUCUGUUGGUGAUGGAAUACUAUUGUGCUCAAAGGAAUAAUAAAGUGGAGAAAUUCCAUGGAGACUGGAACGACCUCCAGGAAGUGAUGUUUAGUGAAAGGAGCAGAACCAGAACAACAUUGUACACAGAAACGGAUACAUUGUGGCACAAUAGAAUGUAAUAGACUUCUCUACUAGCAUCAAUGUAAUGAUCCAGGACAAUCCUGAGGGACUUAUGAGAAAGAAUGCUAUUCACAUCCAAAGAAAGAACUGUGGGAGUAGAAACACAGAAGAAAACACCCUGGAAAAGGUGUCUGAAACCAACUCAGACCAGCUCCAUAAAGUUGUUGUUCCCUUAAAAUCAGCAAACACUCCAAUCAGGGGUUAGACUUACUAUUUUGUUGACUUGUAAAAGGGAAUUCUUUGUUCUAUGUUUACAUUUGUGAAUGGGAAUCCUUUAUUCCCUUUGUCUAUUUGAGUUAACACUUUGGCUAACAAUAACUUAAGUACCUCUACUUUGUACCUUACUAGAUUGUGAAGACAGGAUUAACUCUCUUUGUCACUUUUGAAUUGAAUCAACAAAAGCUUGAACUUUUAACCUCCUUAGCACUAGGUGGAGGAGCUCUCCACCCUUUCAACUCAAUCAGCCAGGAAGUGAGAAUUUACACUCAGUCAGUCAGGAAUUUGUGAACCCUUUUGAUGAGUAUUCACCUCUCCAGAAGGUGAGAAGUGGUUCCUCCAAGAAGGAAGUUGGCUUUAAGAAGCAAGUCAGCUUCUAGAAGAAGGUCAAAUCAAGGAAGAAAGUGGGCUUCAGGAGUCACCUUCAGUUUGAGUCAUCAUCUUGACCCGCCUCUUGGAGGGAACUUGGGUGAGUGGAUCGUAACUUCCUGUCUUCUGAAGGGAGUUUAAUGCCAGCUGAAGGUCAGCAAGUCCUGGCUGAGUCUAGCAACAGAGCAAUAUUUAGAUAGACAGGCUAAAUGUCUACCUUUCUGCAUUUCUCUACUUUCACUCUACCUCUUUUGUAAAUAAAAGCUAUUAAAAAUCA